GGGCGGAGGAACCGGAUGUUCAGAAUCAUUUUGGGUUCUAGAACCAGUCAUGAUGCACAAACAUCAUGUUCUCUGAAGCAGGCGGUAGGGUUUCUCUCUGAAAUGACACAUAUUUCUGCACAAGUAAAACAUUCAACCGAGAACAUUUUAGGAAUAAUAAUCUAGAAUAUUUUGGCACUUUCUAAAAAGGUGACUUGUUUAUGCACAUCCCUUUUUUUUAAUUUUUUUUUUUUUGUGCUCAGUCUUGGACUCUUGACUGACCCGCCACACCACAGGGAGGAAACCCAACGCGUCCGUGCCGUCACCGGUAAUGAAAUAAGAAUUUAGCCUAUGUGGCAGGAGCGCACCGGUACCCCUGCCUCUUUACGCACAUUAAUCCGGCGGUGGAAGCGUCCGUCCGCCCGUCAUCAUGUCCGGAGCCACGGCCGCAACAGCGGAUGGAUCCAGGACUGAGUUGAAGAAAACGGAUAAGAGUCGAGCCGGGAAGAAAGAUCAUUGGCAGCUUCAGUGCUCCCCCAUCCCACUGCCAGCACUGGGCACCCAAAGGAUCAUUCAGGGCAAUGGCACCAAUGUAGGAUCUAUCGUUUCUCUGCAGUGUCCAGCCAGACACAAACUGGUGGGCAAAGAUCUGAUGUGUGUUAUGGGUUCCAACAGCACCCAGUGGGUGGGGCAAACCUACUGUCAACCUCUGUCCUUCUAUGAAGAUUAUGGUUUCCGUGUGGCUGUCCUGUCAUCCAUCAUUAGCUCAGGCAUCAUACUGCUUCUGUCUGUGGCGUUUAUCACCUGCUGUUUACUCAACUGCAUCAAAGAAGACUCAAAGAAAAGGUUUGACAGCAGAGAAGCAGACGCUGAGCAGCAGGAAGUCAGCCACUCUCAUAAAGGCCGGAACAACAACAACAACAACAACAACAACAACAACACUCAGGAGAAGACGCUUCCUUCAUGGGAUGCUGCUUAUCCAGCACAGUGUGAAAACAUGCGACCCUGCAGAGGCCAGCAGCUGUACAACUAUUGUCCUCAGCUGUCUCAUGCUGCUUUUCCUGGACAUGAGAAUGAGCAGCCCUUCUUACCUGGACACCUGGACUCCUGUCCCCUCAACUACUCAGGACCUCCUAUGUCCUCCUGUCAAACUAGCAGCUCAGACCUCCUCAAGGUCUCAGCAGAUAAGCCUGGGUCAUUAUGGCAGUACGAAGGACAGCACAGCAGUCUGUCAGAAGUUAACCCACCGAUGACAGUAGAGUCACACCGGACUGCCACCCCCAGAGAGAUUUCUAUAAGGAUUACAUCAUUAUGAGGACAAAGUGAUUCUCAUUCAUCAGGAUUUGUUUUAUGGGUCAACAUAGUGUUACAGAAAUGUGUCAUCUUCAUGUUUUGUUGAAAACAAAAGAGUCAUUGUCUGCUGGGAAGCACUGGCCUGUCAAACCUUUGUGAACUGUAAUGCCCCACUUCCCCCUGGUGGAACAAAGAAGGCAUUUCACUUUGUGCACUGGACUGAUCCAACUCCUGUGGAAAGGUUUCUGCUUGACAGCUUUCCAUUGGCCCUUCAUAUUAUAGUGGUACAAAAAUAUAAAUGUAAUAAAACAUGCAUAACCAUUUUGUCAGAAGUUUUAUGAUCUUGGGGGAAAUGAAUACAAUUUAACAAAAACUCUGAAUCAAGAAUCAGCUCCUCUAAAUUUGAGAGCAUGUGGUGGCUGGCCACUAGAGGGCGACACCC